AUGUCUUCCAUCACUGACUAUAUAGACCUUUCCCAGCCCAGCUUGCAGAUCUCUGCACUGGCCAUUGCUUUUAACCCGAUUUUCUGGAACAUUGUCGCGCGACAAGAAUACAAAAACCACUUCCUUACACGCAUCUUCGGCAGCCCUUACUAUGGCUGCUACUUCCUCGCUGUCGCCAUAUUCUCUCUAGGCAUCUUCCGUGACCAUCUCUACCUCAAAGCCCUCGAGGACCAGCCAUUCUACGAACCCGUCCACCAGCCCUACAUCGCCUAUGGCCUGUUCGCUACUGGCAAUGUCCUUGUUAUCUCCAGCAUGUGGGCACUCGGCGUUACGGGUACCUACCUAGGAGACUACUUUGGCAUCUUGAUGGAUGCCCCCGUUACUGGAUUCCCGUUCAAUGUGACUGGUUCCCCCAUGUACUGGGGUAGCACGUUGAGCUUCUUGGGUACUUCUUUGUACUAUGGAAAGGUUGCUGGUCUGCUUUUGACGCUUGAGGUGUUUGUUCUCUAUUGGUUUGCGUUGCAAUGGGAGGACCCAUUCACUGCCGAGAUCUACGCCAAACGCGAGCGCGAGAGGGCUAAAGUUGCCAAGAGCUCCUGA